CCCACUAAAUUAUCUGGCCAAUUUACUUGUUUCACUUUUCCGAUGUUGUAGUUGUUGAGUCCGUCGACUUAUAACUAUCUCUACAUGUUUGUAUGUCACGAUGUCAAUAAACCACACUCGUUUUAUUGCUAGAACCGUUAUGGUUGCAAAUAAUCAAGUUGAUUCUGCCUACAAUAUAUUAGAUCGGUAGGUUCUAAUUACACUACCGUUUUUGUUUGUUGGUUAGUCUAGAUAAAUGGUAGAAUUUGAAAUGAAUGAAUAAGAAUGGUUUUAGUUUUAUACUGACUGACCUUCCGCCUUCUCAAUUCAAUUCUGACUUUAGUAAUCUCUCACUACCCGGUAUCAAUCACAGUCAUUGUCUGUCACAGAAUCACUGAUUAAGUAUGCAGCGUAACAAUCAUUUCACUCGAGUUUCACAAUUCUUAAUUCUGGCUAAGCCACACACUAUCACGGGAAUCACACUAAAAUAACCCUUUUUUUUAUAAUUUAUAGUAUUAGUAUGCAUGCAUUUGAAUUUUGAAAUUAUGUUAUAAAUUCAACCCAGCCUAAAUACUUUAAACUAUCAUAAAAUCAAAUUUCUGAUCACCUUCAUACUAUAAGCAAUAUUAUUUCAGAAACACAGUGUUAUACAAAUAGUCUACAUGCCGACUGCCAUAACAAAGUUGGGCCAGAUAUCUGUCCGUCAGCCUUGUCAAGUGGCUGCUAAUAGUCAAUCAUAAAAUUGGCAUUGGAGAUGCAUGGGGGGGCGACGAGUAUACACUUCAUUUCAAGAAAUAAGGGGUGGGGGAUGCAUACUAGAAGGAAGAAAUACUGAGAGAAAGGAUAAAAAUGAUAGUGAGGGUGAUAAAUAAUUGGCAGUGUCUACACGCGCCGGACGUAUAUCUCCCGCAUAUCUUUGUCCGGCGACUAAGUCACAUGACCGCCGUAACAAAGUGGCGAGAGAUGUCUUGUCGGUCAGCCUUGUCACGUGACUGCGAAUGAUUCAAAACUAUAGUUAAUUUUAAAAUCUAUUUCUCUACCAAGUAAUGUACUGAGUAUCUUGAAUGCAAAUAAUAGAAACAAACUUAAGUGAAAGUGGCUUGUAAAUAUUUUUGUUUAGUUUUUUAUUUGAGUUUGUGUACCAGUAAUCCAUGAAAUAAAUUAGGGGCCAGUUUGGAUUAGGAGCACCAAUAAAAGUAAAAGAUUUCAUUUUAAAUUGCUACAAAAUAUUUCAAAAUUUCUCAAGAAACUGCUGUUGCUGAUGAACGAACAUGAUAAUAUAAAUUAAAUAAAUAUAGUAUAAAAUAUUUUUAAUUAAAAUGGGGAGAAAAAAACCGAUCCUACACGAGGUAUUGAUCCUCAAAUCAUAAUAACGCCAAGCGACCACUCUACCACAAGACCACACAAUAUCUCCCAAACUGCAUUUCGUUCGGAAUAAUAACAACUACUAGCCGUCUGGCAGUCACGUGACAUGCCGCGCACUAUUUGUCCUGCGUGCCGGACGUGUAGACACUUCGUAAAUAAUUAAGGCGGGGAGGUCAAAAGAAAUAGACCCUACAUUUAAAGUUAAUAUAUGUGUGCUGUUGGGGUAGCUUUCUUCUCACGCAAUAUUAAUAGCCUAAAAUAAAAAAUGUUUGACAGUAGAUCUAUUGACAGUCAACUGGCAAGUAUUGAUCUUAAUUUCUUUGGUUCAUAUUUUAAAUUUAGGCUUCUAGGUAGAGCUUUAUAAGAUAUUUAAACCAAGAUAACGGACUUUAAAAAAAAUUUUGCUGGCGACCUCUUGUCACAUGGCAUGUCUGCCGGAAUAAUAACACAUACUAGUCGUCCGGCGUUCAUGUGACAUGCCCGCCAGAAGAAUAUCUCCUGCACCAUUUGUCCGGUCGCCUGAUUUGUAGACACUGCCUUUCAGAAAAUGUCAAAGUCAAGUUAUAGUUACUUUUAUUGAAAAUUGUGAUAUUGGUGAAUUUUUUCAUUCACUCCCUUCAAAUUUCUGUCCCGCAAAAUACAAGAGGGAAGGCACGAAAUGAGUUCAAAAAUUAUUUUUCAUGUGAUGUUAUUAAAUCCAUUUUUUUAUUACCUAAUACACCAGAACAAACAUAAAUAUAUUUGAGGUAAUCUUUGGGAUCAAAUCUGUGCUUUUUUUCUGUUUGAUUUCCAGCCUUUCCCAAACCAAUUUGUCUGUAGCAAUACAACUAUGCUUAGGGCUAAAAUUGUCAGUAUCUGACUCUUGUCACGACAUCACCGCUAGAGCUAAUAUACUGUCAUUACUAGCACUUGGAAUAUCUUUGAAAUCUAAUUCAUUUUAAUAUUUUUAAAAUAAUUCCAAUAAAGAAAUUCUGUUUUAAUUUUGAAAUCUAGAGGGGGACCCUCUCCAGCAUCAGACAUGGCAGUAAAAUUAAAAUAAAAUUGAGAAAAUUUCACAUCCGAUUAAUCACCCAAAAAUCCCUGUUAAAAGCACAUCACCACACUGAUAGUAAGGGAAAUAGGAAGCAAACUCAUUUAUAUAGAGUUAUUUCCCCUUAAACAACAUACAUUUAAAUCAAUAAGCAUUUUUAACUACGAUUUUGCUAGGGUCCGAUUAUUUCGGCUGCAACACCACAAAAAGGGUAUAACGACAGAUCAUCAGCUGUUAUGACAGUUAUAGUAUAGGGUUAAAAAAACACUGACUUAUUAAAAAAAUAUAAUUUAAUCACUUUUCGCAAUAUUCCACAAGAAAAUUAUUAUGUAAUCCUCAGUAUUCUCAAAGGAAAAAAAACACUUUCUGGCACAAUAAUUAAAGAAUUACUUAAGAUAUUACUUAAGAACAAUCAUGAAACCUCUUACUUACCUCAAGCAAUGACUAGGACUUAUUUUAAUUUCUAUCAAAUUAAAUACAUGUUGAUUUGUGAAACAACAUUACCAACUUAAAAUAAGUGACAUAUUAUUUUUUUUAGCCAAAUUCAUAUGGGACUAAAAUAUAUAAAUAGAAACUGAUAAAAUAAAAACUAUAAUUAUAAUCAUAUAUUUUAACUAAAUGAAUCAAAUAAUCCAUGUAUAAUUUGUUUAUACAAAUAAAUGUUAAACAAUUUCAAAUAUUAUAAAUGUUGUAUAUUUGUUAAACAAAUUAAUACGGUAUCUUAAGAAUAUUAUUUUGGAGAAUUUACAAAAUAUAUUUUUUAAAAUGUUAUUAAUUUAAUACAAAUAAGUGUUGAGUCAGCAUAUGUGAUAUUUUUUUAAAUAAAGAGAAUUAUAAUUAUAUACAUUAAAGAAAUUUUGGGAGGAAUAUUUACAAUAACUAAAUUUCCCUGUAAAUAUUAUAUUUUUAUCUCAUUUUUAAUGAAGAUUUAGGGUAAAACUAGUAAAAGCAAAAGUCGGGUCACAAAUUGUGGAGGAAAACUUCUAUCAGGUUUUAAAAAUGUGGCUUUGAGGUCCUUACUAAGAAAUUCAUAACAUUUGAACCACUUAAGCUAGAAAGAUAAUCUUUGUGUUUUUAUAAUCCAUUAUCUUGGCUAUUUAGAUUUUUAUAUUUGUGAAAAUGUUUUGAAAUUUUUACCAUUAGUUCUUACCAAAUACUAGUAAAACACAUUGAAUGCGCAGUUAAUAAUUUUUUACCAAGCACAUGUUCAAAUGUGAUAAUUGUCACUCAACUAAUGUAAGCACUGUCCGAAAACUUGUUAUUUGUGGCUAUAAUGCCACUGGAAAGCAUACAAGUAGCUUCAAAACAGGCCGCAGCUUAUUCAAACUUAAUAAUAACGCAAUUUACUAUUGGUCUGCAUCCAAACUCCCCCAGUAUUUUGUGUGUGAUUUCUGGGUGAAUGGAAUGUACAAAAUCUUGGUCAUGCCCAUAUCCUACGACAUCAAGUUGGUAAACUUCGUUUUUUAUUUGAUCAGCAUAGCCAUCCAAUGCAUCAAUAACAAUGACACUUCCUGGAAGUACAUGAUCGGUUAUAAUGCGUUAAAGUGUUUGCGCAUUUCUCCAUGUUAUGAUUGGCAACCAACAAUGAACAGUAACGUGUUCAACCAUUCCAACAACCCAAGAGCAGCGUCACGGACGACCAUGAUGAUAUUUGCGAUGACAGCAAUGUGUUUCAUCAACCUCAACAUAAUUAGGUUGCCCAAUGGCAUUGAAGCCUCCAAGCUGAACUUGUUGAGUUGGGAAACCAAUUGUGACCCUCAAUGCGGAUAAAGUUGACAAUGGUGUCCCAAAUUUUAAUGCUUUCCAAAAGUAUAACAUGCUUGCUUUUCACUUUUUAAAAUCAAUAGUAUAUCAGCAUGACAAUUUUUUGUGUGCUAAGCCCACAGUUUGCAAAAAAUGACCUGGUGUGCACACUGCAUCUGCAUUGCAUUGAGGGCAUUUCUAUGAGUAGCCAUGAGGUGACUCAGCAUGUUGGACUAAAGAUAUGGGACUUUGACAAUUACAGCAGCUAUUGUUGAUUCAUAUUAGAUGGUGUUCAGCAAGCCACACUAACCAAAGCAUGCUGUCAUACAGUGCCUUCAGCAUUUUGUUUGCAGAAUAUUUCCUGGUCAAACAUCUGAAAUAUGAAAUGGCACUUGAGGUCUGCCUGCCAUGUUAUGGUUUAUUUUAGUUUGUUACCAGCAAUAACUAGUCUGCAAACAAACUAAGACAUACAAAUGAUGUCACCAAUUAUCGAGGUGAUUAGGCUGGUACCCAACACGUUCUAACAAAAAAUAUUCUAUUUGACAUUUGGGACCUCUGUUCUGAGGCUUACCAAUGCUUUUAUUAAUCCAAAUAAAUGGAAAGGCCUCAGUCUGGUAUUUUUAAUGUAGAUGAGCCAUGAAGUUUAUUUCUAAACUUGUAUACUUGAAGAACCUGGGCUCUUCAACACAGUCCUUACCGACAGUUCCCAGUGUGGAUGGACACGGAAAGAAGUACCGGUAUUUGGAGGGCGCUCUUUUUUAAAAUAGUGCCAAAACUAUGGAACAGUUUGCCUCAAUCUUUUAGGGAAAUUGAAAAUGAUAAAAAAUAAUUUAAGAAACAUUUAAAGAAAUUUUUCUUUACUAAAUAGAUUUUAGGAGACCAGAGCGCUGUGAGCCUGUGAGCAAGCUAGAAUAGCAUGGAUACAAAUGAUAUAAAAGUAUUCCAUCAAUCAAUCAAUCAAUCAAUCUCUAUAGUAUUUAUUAUAAUAUAGGCAUGCUGUUAUUAAUGCAUCUAUGUAGACAUGUGACUUUGUCUGUAUUACAGUUACAGACAUUCAUAAUAUUAGUUCAAAUGACCAUCAUGUCUAAUAACAUUGAAAAAAAUUUAAGGAUCAGUAAAUAAAUAUUAAAAAGCUGUUCAGCUUGUCUUUAAUCUUUGGUUCAUACUGUGUUGCAUUAGAAUUAUUUACAUAAUUAAAUUUGAAUUCAAUAUUAUCAGCAAGUCUAGGAAAUCUCCAACCAUAAAGAUUUCGUCAUAAUGUCAUGAAUUUUAUUAUUUAUUUCAGUAUUCUAAAGAGGGAAAAGAUCUUCUCUGAUUUUAAAAGGAAAGAAAGAUACGAGAAGCCAUUUUUAACAAGAAACCGUCUGGCCUAUGAACGAUGCCGCAGAAUUUAUGACUCUGAAAUGCAAAGAAAGAUUGCGUUUGUCAUGAGGAAGAAUAGACCUGAUCCAUUUUUGAGAUGAGUUUGUUUCAGUCACCUUUAUUUGAUGGACGAGACGUGAGAUUUCAACUUGAUGAGAUGUAAACAUGUAACCUGGAGCAAAAUAAACAUUUUGUCAAAUG